UUACGUUUGAUAUUAUUACUCAGCAUUUUGGUGAAAGCAUCAUCUGUCGGGUUUAAUAGUUGCUAUGGAUAAGAGACUUUUAUUACACACGACGGUGUACAGCACUGCGUUUUCUUUGUGCGGGACCUAUGUGGCCGCUGCAACCAAUUUUGGGCACAUAGCUGUGUUCAAUGUACAAGAAGCCGUGGCGUCCCAUGGUGCGGAAUCUACACCAUGUUUUACUUUCCUUGCUCACAGUGGACCAAUACACUCUUUGGUUACAGCGGGAAAAUAUUUAUUCAGUGCUGGUGACGGUCCAAUAACGGCAUGGAAAUGGGCGGAUGUGAUAAACAGAAAACCUACCAAAGCUUUUACAUUAAAAGAUCCACAACUUCUUGAAAAUGAGUCUUACAACUGUGUACGAUACUCCAAUAAAGACAAUUGCAUAUUCGCUGGUGGUGAUGACGGUAUAACCUACAAAUGGGAUAUCAAUACAAUGAAAUGCAAAGGCAGAUUUAGUGGCCACAAAGAUUAUAUUCAUGAUUUGGCAAUAAAUUCAAACAACUUGGUAUCUGCAUCUGAAGAUGGAACAGUAAAGACAUGGGACAUUCGGUCAGCAUCAUGCACAAGUACAAUUACACCGCACAAAAAUAAGCAACUGGCCAGACCUGAAACCGGCCAUUUUAUGUCAUGUGUAGCAGUUGAUGAAAAUGGAGAGUGGUUAGCAUGUGGUGGUGGUCCACAUGCGUCAUUGUGGCACUUAAGGUCCAAAAGUAUGGCUGGGAUUUUACAGACAAGUAAUACUAACUACAUCUCCCAUAGAAUAAUGUUCUAUAGCGAUGAAAUUAUAUCAGUUGGAAACCAACCAGCCGUCUAUCGUUGGAGUGUUAAUGGAGAAAAGAAAGCAGAGAUACCAUGUUCAAUUAACAGAAUUUUCAGUAUAAGUUUCCAACAUGGGCCUGGUCAUUCAUCCGAACAGUUACCUAUGGUCACAGCUGGCAAUAGUUACAAACUGAGCAUGUUUACUAACUUAGGUUAUGAAGGAAAACGACUCUCUUUUGUUUAAAAUUUUUUUUUGCUUUAAAAGCUCCAAUACACUGCCAUUUUAAAUGUAAAAUUACAACAAUAGUAAAAUGAGUUGGGUAGAUUAUACAUUCAACUUAAAACAUGUCAUCAAUGUUUUAUUAGACCAAUUUUAUUAUUGUAGUUGAAAGUAGUAUACAUGUAGGUUAUGAAGGAAAACAACUCUGAUUUUUUUGUUGUUUUGUAAGCUAGAUGUAAAAUUAUAUUAAUAGUAAAGAGGCGUUCAGUAGAUUAUACUUUCAACCAAAAA